AUGGCGGCAGGCCUGAACCUCCAGCGGACAGUCAACGGUCGCCUGAAACUUGACCUGAGUAACCGGGGUCUGACGUCCAUCCCGGAGGAGGUGUUUGAUAUCACUGACCUGGAGUAUCUAGUUGUGUCCAAAAACAAACUAACCAGCAUCCCGGAAGCAAUCGGCCGUCUGCAGAAACUUUACCGUUUGGACGCGCACGGCAACAUGCUGACACGUUUGCCACAGGCGAUCGGUUCCUUGCAGAAAUUGACACACCUGUUCAUUCAUGAUAAUCAGCUGAAGGAGGUACCCUCAGGCGUCUGCUCGCUCCCUAACCUUAAGGUGUUAAGUGUCGGUAACAAUAAGCUCUCCGCCUUCCCUCCUGGUGUGGAAAAACUACGGAAAUUGAGAGAACUGCACAUUUAUGACAAUCAGCUGACAGAGGUCCCUCCAGGGGUCUGCUCGCUCUCUAACCUUGAGAAGUUGAGUUUUGAUGAGUUCCCCAGACAGGUGCUGCAGCUGAAGACACUGGAGAAACUGUGCGCUGGACAAAAUGGCGGGUGCAAGUUUGACAUGGUCCCAGAUGAAGUGGAAAACUUACAACACCUGUGGCUGUUGUCAUUGGUAAAUAACCUUCUCAGAACCCUGCCGAGCACCAUGCGUCACCUGCACAACCUACGGGAGGUCCAACUCUGGAACAACAAGUUCGACACGUUCCCAGAAGUCCUGUGUGAACUACCUGCCAUGGAGAAACUGGACAUACGGAACAACAACAUCACCAGGCUCCCAACCACCCUUCACCGAGCAGACAAGCUGGAGAACUUGGAUGUGUCAGGAAACCCCCUGACAUACCCUCCACAGGAAGUGUGUAAACAAGGGACCGGCGCCAUCAUGGCCUUCCUGAAACAGGAGGCACGGAAAGAGAAAACAACAAAAGCUGGACAAGAGGAGGAGAAGGGUUCAGCAGCAGGCAAAGGAACUAAUGAAAUCCGAGAUGUAGAAGCCACACCUGUUAAAGCUGCACGUCAACCUGACAUCAUGGAGCCCGCUGCAGAGACCGAACUGGAGAGGAAGUUACGGGAGAGAAGGGAGAAAAGUGCCCGGAUGGAGCAACAAGUCAGCCAACAAAGGGGCCAGACUGCAGAGAGAAUGGGCACAAGAAAAGGUGAUUAG